UACAAGUAUACAUGUUAUGUCCCUCAACAAGUCACUCACCUUCAAUCAAACCGUUCGUGGCAUAACUGACUUCAUUGAAGUUGCAAUACAUACGAUUCUCUAUUCACGACAUCCAGGACUGAAUGAAUAUAUUUCUGGGGCAGUCAAAGCGAUCGGUGAAGAACUCGUUCGGGGCGAUGUCGAUAAAGUGAUAGUCGUGAUUAAGGACAAGGAUCAGCUCGCGCUAGAACGGUUCAUCUUCUCCAUGGAUACAGUGAUACAAGUGGAAACGUUCAACAAAGAGACCAGCGUGGAGGACGCGAUGUCACCGCAAGCACUCGGCCAGAUAUACCUUGGAGACGACGUGUCGUUUGCCAUCCUCCUGGAGUUAAAGGACAACAAGAAACCCACUCCGAAGAACGAUAAGGAACCUGCUCCAUGGAUUCCAGCCGACGCACAACAUACGACGGCUGCAGCCUCGGAAGAUGCAGAACUACAUAUGAUUCGGGCUGUGAACACUGGAAUCAUCAAUCUGUCCCUUACGGUUCAGGAGUCCGACGUGAAACUAAGACGAGAGCGAGAGAAUAGUAUGUAAACAGCGGAAUAGCGUUCAUAACAUCCCCGAUAAUGAAAACAAAUUGUCUCCAAAAUUUAACAUACAUAUGAAUCAA